AUGGCUGUUCGGUUGAGCUUGUUUCGUGUGUCGUUUUGUGUUAAAAAAACAUUACCGUUUGAAAGCUUGUUUGUCAGACUCAGCUCUCAAAGUAAAGGUACAUUGGCAUCAACAAGGCAAUUCAUCAGUCCCAGAGGGUUUAACUUGGAGUUGUAUAGGUGUGCUCACAAGGCAUCAUCACUUGCACCUGUUAAGCAUAAUGUCUUGGUUUUAGAUGAAUCUGAUAAAGAGAUAGGGGUGAUGAAAUGGAACAGGUUAAAAUCUUUAUCUAUAGAGAAAGGUUUAAAGAUUUGUUGUGUUGAUGAAUCUGCUCAGCCACAUGCCAUCUACAAGCUGGUAAACCUGAAAACUUAUAUAGAAAUUGAAAAGAAACAAAAACAGGAAUCUAAAAAAAUGAAAAUUCAUCAGAAAUCUCUUGCUAUCAGUUCUCAUAUAUCUAAAAAUGAUCUUGCGAUUAAAAUUGAUAAAAUUGUUGAUUGGCUUGGAAAAAACACACUUGUAAAGAUCAAAAUCUCUUUUCCUUCUACUGAAAAAAAAAAUUUUGACAUUUACAAUGAAAUCCUCAAGGCAACAUCUGGCAUAUCUAAAUUACAACAAUCACAUUCAUCUGAAAAUGAAAUAACUUUUGACUUGUUGUCUGAUUGUGUGAAAGGUGAUGUGAAUCAAAUCUCAAAUCUAAGGCCCUUCACACUCAAAGAACUUCAAUCGAAAAAUUUUUCGGAGAAGAUGAGUUCUGCCAAAGAUAAACACGAAAAAGCCAAAGCUGAUCCAGCUGCUAAAAUUCCAGACAAGGAUAAUAUCGAAAAAAAGAAUCAAUUUAAAGAAAAUAUAUCAAAUGAUCUUGGUGAAAAGAAUAAGAAAAAAACAGAAGGACUCGUUAAUGAUAACAAUAUUGAAAAUAUUGCACAAGGUAAAGAGUUAAAAAAACAAGUGAAAAAAUGUAAAGUACCAGCAAAUACAAAAAACACUUGA